UAUGUAGAUAAUAUUUGGUCUUUGAAUGAUUAAAAUUGGAUGUUUGGUUUUGAAGUUGUGGUGAAAUUAAAAUAUUACGAUUUCUGCUGCACGGCCUGUUGCGAAGUGAGCAAGACUUAGCCGCUUUGCGGGCGGUCCUUUAGUUAGUUCUAAUGGAGAUAUAUUUAGUAUCAGCUGUGCAUCCGUGCGAAGCCGGGGCGGGUUGCUAGUAUUAUAAUAAACAUACAUAUACUACAUAAGUUGGAUGAUCGUAGUAGGAACUUCCCCAGAAGUGACACAUGCAGAUUGUAAUACCAGGAUUAUGAUAAGUAUUAUUAUCCCUUCAUAAUGAAUAUAUUUUAAGGCCUUUUCUUAAUAUUUUUCAAUGUUUCUUCCUAAGGUCAACAAACUUGACUUGACUCUCCCUAGCCAAACCAAUGGGUUUCAAUGAACAGGAGGUCAUCAGACUGACCUAACAAAACAACUCCUAACAGAAGAACUUUGACGAAAUGACCAUACAUUUAUAGCUUAAUAAAUCACUGCAACCAAUUGCAUGCCUGUAUCUGUAUAUGUUAGUCAGUCAAUCAGUAGGCCCUUUUAUGCAUAUAGUCCUAGUCUAUAGAACCUACACCCGCAUUUCCGCUAAGGUAAAACGAAAAUUCCUUCCCACGGGAAUAACCCGAAAUAAGUGGAAAUUCCCACGAGGCCGAAGCCCCGCGCGAAUUAUAGUAAGUAGAAUAUGAUUUCAAGGAAUGACAAAUGGAGACAAGCUAUCAAACACAAGCAAGUCUUAUUAAUUCUCUAAGUAAGUAUCUACUUAAUUUAUAAGCAGCAAGUAUGAGUCAUAGAAACAAGUCGUGCUUUUGUGGUUUUUUGAUAAGUUUCGACAAUUCAAUGACGCAACGCAACCCGUCUGCUGGCGACCAACUCCCCGCGCUCGCAUGCCGCGCAUCGCCUGCUGCCGCAGGCACUGUCAAUAAACUUUGGCCGCACAAGGUGAGCUCACUAAUGUUGUUUUGUUCGUUGCCAUUCCGCUCGGUCAAAAACCUGUACUUGCUCUGAUUACCGGCAAGCUGUGCAUGUUUUCCCGCUUAAUUCUUUAUUUAUUUACCUCGUCGUAUAGAAUUUCACAAAUUUUAACCAUUUUAGAGGUCAUAUUAAUAUUUUAAAAGUUGCCAAUGUACGGAACUCAAAUGGCUGCUGGUGAAAGUGGCAAACACGAGGAGUCGGGCAGCGGCGCGAGACGGGCGCGGGGAGUACUGAUCGGAGCCCGACGUGGCGGAAGAAACUGACUUUAUUGCGCGUCGACCGCACAUGUAUUGGUGUCGUUUAUGACAGUGUGCAAAACGCACGUAAUGUUUAUAAUAUUGCCUUAGCUUCACGUAAAUUUAUCAUGUAAUUAUUACUCUUUAAAAUUCAGUGAUCUCGUUAUUUGCCACAAAUGUGCAUUAACCUUUGUAGAGUAGUGUGCUCUCAAGGAGAAUCUAGUUGGAUAACACAGCCGAACAUUGAAAUGUUAUAUUGCCGCGUAAGAGAUAGAUAGUGAUUUGGAGAAUGGCGAGUGAUGAGACGUCUACUGGCGAGGGGGGCAUGGAGCCUACCAGCCUGGAAUAUAUGGAGGACCCGUACUUCGUCACUCCGGACAACGGCUCCACGCCGAGUUUCGACUUAGCGGUGGAUGAGCUGGAUGAGGCAGAGGAGCUGACCAGCUGGCCCAACGACGACGCCGACGCUGAUUGGCGCGCGUUGCCGGACCUCGCAGACUCCGCACUUUGUAUAGAGACAGAAUUCUAUAUGGACAAUCGCCGACGUCGACUACGUAUCUUUAGGAAAAAAAUGCGCGAUGUCAGAGUCACGUUCCAAGAUCUAUCAAAGCCGUAUCUUGCAAAAGUAUCAAGCCACACGAAUUAUAAAAAGUUUUUAGGUAUAACGCUUGGAGCCGAGGAAGCCAUGGCGGGCACAGGAGGCGCGGGCGACACCCACGUGGUGGACGAGUUGGCCGGGCUCACCCCCGAGCAGGCGGAGCAGCUCCGGGCCGAGUGGAGCCGCGAGCUGGCUAGGGUCGAGGACGAGAUCGCUACUCUGCGGACUGUACUUCAAAGCAAGAUCCGUCAAAGCUCAGAGCUAAAGAGAAAACUUGGCAUCACAGUGUGGAAGGAGAUCACCGAAGAUGUUAACCAGGGCUUGAAGAAUGUGAAAGAAAGCCAAGUCUAUCAAACGAUAGAAACACGCGUGGCUGACCUUACAAAGGCUGUGACUGAAGCACCUAUAUACCAAAAAACUGAAUCUGUGAUAAAAACUACGGCGGAGAAAACAACGUCUAUCCUGGGCGGCAUCACGGCCGGCGUGUCCAGCAAACUCGGCCAGAUGCGCAACUCAGAGUCUUUCCGAUCCAUCGAGGAGCGAGUCGGCUCGGCCUACGAAAACGUUAAGGGUAAGGUGGCCUCCCGGUCCAAUUCUACACAGAGCUUCGAUGAGGCGCUCCGCGACGCAUCCCGCGCGGCCAGUGGCGCCACCUCCCCCACCAUCCCCGAGAACAAACCCUUGCCUUAGUGCAAAGUGAAGAAUAACUCGCCUCACCCCCACGCCCUACAUUGAAACAUCUAACGUUUCAGAAUUACUUCGAUACCGGCACUUGAUGUUUCAGCUUGGUACGGUCAAAAGAAUAUCAACCUACCCAUUCCGAUUUCGCCUCUAUUUCUGUGUCUUUCAGUACCAUACAAGGAACUUGACAAUGAAAAUUAAUUUAUUGUUGUGUUUAAAAGAUUGGACAUCACCCUCGAAGCUUUGUUAUGCUAGUCCGGAUGCUCACACCCUACAUUUACUUGUUAACGUAUUCUGAGAUGCAAUAAGGACAAAAAGAUUGCUUAGCUAUUCGUUCAAAAUUUUAACAUUUUGUAAAUUUUGACUAUAAAAUAAUGCGUGUGAUAUUAAGGUAUUUUUGGAUUUAAAGUAUUGUAGCGUGGAUAUUGCACUGAAAACUUUGAAUGUGAGACUGUUGGGGAAACAUAUACAUAGGUUACCUAUUCACAUUUCAUCAUUCAUUAUCAUAUUGCAUUCCAAAACGAUCAUGUUAAGUGUCGUCGUUUUAAAAUUAAAUCACUAUUUAUAUUGAGUGUUCAUUAUAAGAAAACGAAUUUGAGAAGGUAUAUUCUUGAAAACUACCUAUUUAACCUGUAUAUACAAUGUUCACGAUGUUAAUAUCACUUUUGAAUGUAUUGAACAUUUCACUGGAACCACAAAUUAUAAAACCCAAGUUGUGUAGCAUAUUGCGUAUGGAUCACAAUAACUUGCCGAUGCCUCUUAGGUCCAUAAAAUAUAUUUUUAUAAAAUGCUUAGCUUUCUGUUACUUGUAAAGUAUUUUCACUAUUUACAUUACAUAAAAUGGUAAAUAAAUUAUGUACUAAAAUUA